AUGCACAGCAUGGGAGGCCAGGGAGCCACGGGAGGGCAUGGGAGGCGCACGCAGAGGGAAGCCUGCACCUGCCACUUCAAUUCUGAAGAUCAGAGAAAAGAAACAGAAUCAAAAAUUAAUAUUGAAAGUGGAUGUGGGAAACGGGAGAGAAGCUCUUCCUCCCCGCCCACACCAGAAACAAACAUUAAUGAUCAUUCGUGUGCCCUGAAUGUGAAGGGCACAGAACAUCAGACUUCUAGAAGAAUAUAUGUAGGAGACCCUGACUUUGGGAUAGGCUGCAGUUACCCCAGAGCCAAGCGUCAAAGAAACACCAGACUUUGUGGCUGGUCCUCUGAGCAGCUUCUGAGAUGCCACGAACCCCUCGCCUUGUUCCUCCGUCGUCUGGCAACCCGAGCACGCCGCGGCUCGACCCCGCCCCCGCUGCCACGGCGACGCACGCCGCGACCGGGCCCCGCCCCCGAUGCCAUGGCAACGCAGGCUGCGGGUGGUGCUCGAGCCUCCCAGGCACAGUUCCGCGCUUGCGCUGCACCUGCUGUGGCCGCGGCAACUUCUCAAACCUCCGACUCGGCCAGUGCUGCGGCCGCGCUCUCACGCCGCUCCCUCGCCCACUUUCAGCCUCGCUUUAGAGAGUGGGCACGGACGCGGGAUUUCAACCACCUGCUGCUUGGCGGUCCCCUUUCCAAGAGUGAGGGCAGAGGGACCGCCGGUGCAGAAACCCGCUUACCUUUCUCAGCAUCCCUCCACGUCAGCGGGGUCUCCGGCGGGAUCGCCCACCCCGCGCCGAGCUCGGGUGGGAAGGAGGUCACGGGGAAACAGAAGGGGAACUCGGCCCCGGCGGGCGCCGCCACGAGGACACCUGCGUCCCCGUCAUUUGCACGACAAAGGGGAGACCUUCGGCUGCUUGGGCGGGAGACGGUGAACCGGUCCGGCUGCUACCUUCUCGGCCGAGUUCAGACGGGCUCCGAAGGGCUGUUCAGACUCCACGUUUCCGAAGCGACCAACAUCCAGGGGCUCCUCUGCCGGGGCGAGCACGCCUCCGGGGCUCCGGGCUGCGCUAUUGUUCGCCGGCCGUGCAGGGCGUGGUGGAGGCUGGGGGCGGCCGGAGCCGUUAAAGGCCGACAGAGGUUGAAUUUCUUGCAAGGCUUUCCUCUAGUGCUUCCUCCCAGCCCCUCGCUGCUGCAUAUUCAUAAGGAGGCGGGGCCGCUAGCAUCUCUUUUGAAUCCUCGGGGUUGA